UCGGUAGACUGCAAUUGCGCUUCGCAAUGAAUCUAAAAGUUUCCGCCUUUCUUCCUCGCCCGGGCCAUCAGCUCCUUUCUUCCUCAUCUUUCUCCGCCUCCGCCUUCACCUCCGGUAAUCCCUCGUCCUCCUCCAUCGCCGCUUCCGUCGACGACCUCGCCAAGCUCAUCAACGACCAGCCCAUCCCCGUCCUUCGCCACCACAUCCCGACUCCCUUUCUUUCCUCCCCUCUCGUCGACUCCCUCCUCCUCCGCCUCUUUGCCGCCCACGCCGCCGCCCCCAAAGCCCUCUACCUCUUCCGCCUCUCCCUACGCGGCCACCGCGAUCACCCUCCUUCCUCCUCCGCCUUCGCCACCAUUCUCCACAUUCUCACCCGCGCCCGCCAUUUCGACGCCGCCUUCGAGCUCAUCGAUGACGUCGCCAGAUCCCAGCCUGCCCUCCUGACCCCCAAGUCCCUCGCCGUGCUCCUCUCCCGCCACGCAAAGUUCCGAACUUUCGACGAAACGCUCGAUGCCUUCGACCGCGCCGAGAGGGCCUGGGCCGCCGCCGGUCUCUCCUUCAGCUUUGACGAGUUCAAUGCGCUGUUAAGAGCCUACUGCACCCAGGGGCGGGUUUCCGAGGCUCGUGCCAUCUUCCGGAGGUUUCACUCCCGGUUCCCACCCAACUCUCGGACACUCAACACCCUACUUCUGGGCUUCAAGGAGUCCCAGAAUCUUGUCGCGUUCGAUCUUUUCUAUCAUGACAUGAUGAUCCGGGGGUUUGAACCUGAUGCAGUAACUUAUUGCAUUAGAAUGGAUGCCUACUGCAAGAAAAUGCGAUUUUUUGAUGCUUUGGGGCUUCUGGAUGAGAUGGCGAAGAAUAAUUGCUCACCUACGGUCAAAAGCUUUACCACUUUGAUUCAUGGUUCUGGCAUUGCAAAGAACCCAAUGCAUGCCCGUAGGUUGUUUGAUGAAAUGGUCGCAAGAGGACUGGUUCCUGACAGAGGGGCUUAUAAUGCAUUGAUGGGCUCGUUUGUAAGGGUGGGGAAUCUUAGGUCUGCUUUGGAGAUUAUGGAAGAGAUGGAGAAGGCAAUUCAGCUUGAUGAUGUGAGUUAUUAUACGCUGUUGUGUGGCAUGAAGAAGUAUGAGGAUCUAGAGGGGUUUUGGAAGCUCUAUAAAAGGAUGGUUGAGAAGAACUUUGUGCCAAGGACACGUACAGUAAUGCUGCUCAUGAAGGUAUUCUGCGAGAACAGCAGGGCUGAUUUGGGUUUGAGCUUGUGGAAUUAUCUAGUGGAGAAGGGAUUUUGUCCUCAUAGGCAUGCAUUGGAUUCUUUGGUGACAGCACUAUGUUGCAAAGGAAAUGUGGUGGAGGCCUACAAGUGUUUUAAACAAGUGGUGGAUAGAGGGAGAGUUCCAUCUGAGAGGGCCUUCCGGGUGUUGGAGGGGUUUCUAGUGCGAACUAAGAAGUUAGACAUGAUGGAGGAGCUUGAUCAGAUGACAAAGAGAAUGCAAGCACUUGUGCCCUCUCAAUUUUAGCUAGCUGGCAUGAAGUGGUCAUUUCUUUCAAUAUAUUCUUGCUUCUGAUGGCUGAAAGGGCUCAGCUCAGAUGAUGCUGAUCAUUAUGAGGGUUAUGCAUGUGAAAUCUGACUAAACACAAAGAAAGAUAGUCUCAUGACAUAACACUUUUCAAGAAUUCAGUCAAGCAUGGCCUUCAUAAUGUAUAAAUUAGUGUCGCAAAAAUCUUGUCAUAGUACAUGAAAACAAAGAAUCAAGUAGCUUAUAAUCUUGGUACCAAGUUGAAUGAUAGAUUGUGCUUGCUUUGAUCCUUUUUGCCUUCCUAUUUGUUACGAUGUGGUAGGUGAACUGGUCAUGAAGUAUUAAAAUAGUUGUAUGCAAUUCUGGUAGAACCAAUGUUUGAUGUGGUUAUUUAACUUA